AUGUCGUCAACAUCUGACAAACAAAACCUGGAUCUAGUAGCCAAACUUCUAGGCCCUAGCUUGUAUUCAGGUGGAGAUGUCGUCAAAUGUGAAAUUGCCAUUUGUUCAAGUCCCGAAAAUGUCUCCAAACAAGAAUAUCAGUGGUCAUUUACUGGUAUAGUUGGAUGUAUCGUUGGUCAGUGUAAAUUGGAUAAUCGGCAACUGACAACUUCAUAUCAAGUAGCACCGAAAUCACUGUCACUCAGUAAUUGUCAGUGGAAAUAUGAUAAUAUACUAAGUUUUGAUGCCGAAUCACUUAUCACUUCUGCAUUGGAACCUAAAAGUCAUCUGAUAUGUGUCAUUCCAAUGCAUGUAAAAUAUACUCCAAAUACCCGCUUGAUAGGACCCGCAAAUCUAUUGGCUUAUCUUCCAUACAACCUUUCACCUAGUAUUCGUGGCACCUUGUUUAAAUUUGCCUAUAAGGUGGUUGUUGCAGUUCAGGUGAAAAAUGUAAACUCUGAAAUCAAAGAACAUUUAAUUCAAUUACGUCUUCGUAUUCUGCCUUCUUCAAUCAUGUAUCAUAGUCUAAGAAUUCAGGAAUGUGAUAUUGAAGAGGAAGAUAAGGCGUAUGACUUUUCAAAUCCAUUUUUGAUUCCUCGUGCAAAAGAUAAAAAGUCGUACUUCGAUUUCGCCUUUGAUGGAGGGUUUUCUACAUACUCACAAUCAGGAGUCAGUAGCAGUCAUUCAUCUGAAAAGACUACUACACGCACUACUAAUUCUGCUGGCCAGAUGUAUUCAACCUUAUCUCAAAGUGUUCCUCAGUGUGAGAACUCUGAUUCCCCUGAUCAUUCUGUUAAAGACUCCAGAAAGGAAUUUAUUUACGCUACUUCACGUAUGGAGUUAAUGAACGUGCUGGCAUGUUCACCGCCUGCUAACUUUGUGAUUUCCACUCCACGAGGGUCUGUUGGACGUUUGUCUUUUCAGCGUACUUUACUUUGCUUAGGUGAAAUGAUACGUGGCUACUUUGACUUUAGCGCAGCUGAUGUAGCAUGCUUUAUGUGUGAAAUAAGUUUAGAAAGUGAAGAAAGAUAUAUGCUUCAUGAUGAAAAUCCGUUUUUGGCACCGGAAUGUGAAAUCAAAACAAGAAAAGAUGAAGUACAAAACUACUCAAUAGCGUGUCUGCCGUUGACUAAACUCGGUCAACCUUUCUGUACAGAUUUUCACCCCUUAGGCACUACUCGUUAUACAACUGAAGCAGAUAUUAAGUUAUGCUGUAUGUCUAAACUAAUGUUACCUUUUACUAUUCCUAUACCAACUAACAUUACACCACAAUUUCAUUCUGUUAGUUUAUCUAGUCCUUUCAUUUCUUUAGAUUAUCGUUGGCGUUUACACUUGGAGUUUGAUUUGAUUUCUGAGAGUAGUAAAAUGGAUGUGUCGGAUCAUCUUAACGGUAAAUCAUGUAUAAAAAAGCCUUAUGGUACUGUAUGGACUUUUCCAAAUGAUGUAAAAACAGAAAAAUUCACAAUGAAUAUUCCAAUUCAGUUAGUGCUCUCAGAUCCCUCUGUGAUAGACAAUUUAUGGAAUAGCGUACAGAACUCUGUUUGUAUAUCUCAUCCAUGA